UUCUGUUUUUUUUUUUUACAUAAUAGUUGUUAAGUUCAAGUUGAUGGCAAUAGCCAUUAUUUAUUGGGUAAUAGUGAGGAAGGGCAGAUCUGUGAAGGUCCAACGAUGCUGAAUUGUCAUCUCUUGGUGGCUCUGCGAUGCUCCACGCGGCGGGGAAAGGUGCUGUUUGAAGAACUUUCGGCUAGUCCAAUUACAACCAGCCUUCGAUAUCGUCAUUUAAGUCCUCUGGCUGAGUACGAGAAACGCGUAAGUGCUGGCCAGCUUCAGACGGAUCCCAAACAGAAGGAAACCAUGAAGCAAUUGGAUGCGCUUUAUAAACGUAUCAAAGGCUAUAGACCAACUACUCAAGAGCCAGGAAGUGGUGCAGGAGGAUUCUUUAAGUCUCUUUUUGGUAGCAGAAAAGAGGAAGAUGACGAUGUGGCGGAUGACUUAAAUGCAGGUAGCCAUGCUCCCCAGGGUCUAUACAUCUAUGGCAGUGUUGGUGUGGGCAAGACCACAUUAAUGGAUUUAUUCUAUGACUGCUGCACUGAUAUUGAUCGGAAGCAACGUGUUCAUUUUACUGCAUUCAUGACGAGUGUCCAUUCCCGCAUCCAUGAGGCCAAGGAGCGCCAAGGACCCAUCGAUCGGGCUUUUAACUCAGAGAAACCUGCCCCAUUUGAUCCCACAAGACCUGUGGCGGAUAUUAUAGCCCGCGAGUCUUGGCUCAUCUGUUUUGAUGAAUUCCAAGUAACUGACAUAGCAGAUGCCAUGGUUUUAAAGCGUCUCUUUACUCAUCUAUUUCGCCGGGGGAUUGUUAUAGUAGCCACCAGCAAUCGUCAUGCAGAGGAUCUGUAUAAAAAUGGUUUGCAGCGUGUCAACUUUCUGCCCUUUAUUGCCCUGCUGCAGCGCCGUUGCGAGCUAGUCAGAUUGGAUUCGAUUGACUAUCGUCGCAUCGCCCAAUCGGGGGACACAAACUAUUUUGUCAAGGGCAAAACGGACGCUGAGGGCAGUAUGAAUCGCAUGUUUAAGAUAUUGUGUGCGGAGGAAAAUGAUAUUAUACGGCCACGCACAAUUACCCACUUUGGACGGGAUUUGACGUUUCAAAGGACUUGCGGACAGGUACUCGAUAGCAGUUUUGACGAGCUCUGUGAUAGGCCGUUGGCAGGUAGCGAUUACCUGCAAAUUUCACAAUUUUUUCACACCGUCCUUAUCCGAGAUGUACCACAGUUGAAUCUAAAUAUCAAAUCACAGAUUCGUCGAUUUAUUACUCUUAUUGACACUCUGUAUGAUAACCGAGUGCGUGUCGUAAUAUCGGCUGAUAAGCCCUUGGAUGAACUAUUUGACUUUACCGACUCUUCUACAAACAUUUCCGAUACGGAUCGUGUUCUUAUGGAUGAUCUAAAAAUUAAGCACGGAUCGCAUGCCUCUAAAUCGAGUGUAUUUACCGGCGAGGAAGAACUAUUUGCCUUUGAACGAACCAUAUCCAGAUUAUACGAAAUGCAGAAACGCGAAUAUUGGGAGCAAUGGGCAAAACAUCGAUGAGAUCAGCAGCCUUUUAUGGACCUGAGCAACAGCAAUAAUAUAGUUUAAUUAGCAUAAAUAACAAAAUUUCUCGCUACCUCGUGUCGUAGUCAAAAGAAUGGUAAUUCUUAAAUUCAAAAAUUUCCUAUACUAAUUGUUAUCUAUGGAAUUAAGAAUCGAUGAAAUGAUAUUUGUGUGGCUUAGCCAAAAACUUUUUAUUUAUCAUCAAUGUAUAGAAUUGCUAAGAUACUUAAGUAUUUUCGGUGUAUUUUAACUGAAAAGUAUUAAAAAUGGCUCAACAUGA